UGUUAUGAAAUGUCUCCCUCAAGCGGUUUUAUUUGGUAUUUUAGCCGGUGUUCAGGCGCAUGCGCAAUAUCGCUUGCUUGACAGUAACGCUAAGUGAUGUCAUGGCUACCAAGCAAGCUAGUUUGUCUUCAAGGUUUAUAUAGAAAUAUUUGAGCUAAUACGGUGCAACUCCAAAAUGAAAUUAACUCGGAAACUUGUUCUCUCACGGGCCAAGGCGUCGGACCUUGAAAGCGUAAAAAAGUUGAAUUGCUGGGGCUGCAACCUGUCAGAUAUCUCAAUAUUCACUGAAAUUCCCAAUGUUGAAGUCUUAACAUUAAGUGCCAAUAACAUAUCCUCUCUUGAGCACAUCGCCAACUGUCAGCAUCUGACCGAGCUCUACCUGAGGCGGAACGACAUCCAGAGUCUUUCAGAGCUGAGCCAUCUUAAAAACCUCACCUGUCUCAAAGUUCUGUGGCUGGCGGAGAACCCAUGCUGCGACCCAGACCCGGUGAAGUACCGUUUGACAGUGUUGAGGAACUUGCCUGGUCUGCAAAAACUAGACAACCAGGUUGUGACUGAAGAAGAGCUUGCACUUGCUUUGGAAGAAGGUGAGGAAGUGAUCACUCCUCCAGGUCCUGCCACAGCCAGUUCUACCAAUGGCCUCACAGAGGCAGACUCCGAGUACGACCCUCUCAAUUACAGUAUGGAGGAGACCAAUAAAAUCCCUGUGCAGUUGGGGAUGAAGCCAUUGCCUAGAGAUAAAUUUUCAUCUUCACGAGAAGCAGGGGCCUCCCUGAAGAAAAAGAGUCACACUCUGGAAGCUGUACUGCUCCUGCUGAAGGACCUGGACAUGGAGGAGCUGAAAACUGUUCAGUGUGCCACAGAGAACAAACUCAGAGCUCGCAGUAGACAGAAAGAGAAAAUAGCAAUUGCUCAGCACUGAAUAAGUGCUGCUGCAUGCAGAACGACUAACAACAUAAAAUAGCUUUUUGAUAUAAAAGAAUCCAGGUUGAUAUGUUUACAGACAUUGUUGCCAGACUAAAAUAAACUCCCUGCUCAGCAACAAAUACAAGACAUGUGAGAAAUAAAUGGAAAAAUUAACAUGAAGUGUCUUUAGUAAUGAUAGUAAGCCAUGGGCCAGUAACUACCCGUCUCAGUGCUGCACAGGAAGGACGAACGAACACCAUUCUUCCAAGAGAAAUUCCCUCAACUGGCGUUAUGAGUAUCAUACAGCGCUACAAAGUUGACUAUAGGUGUUCAUCAGCAUUGAGAUCUGGUGAGCAUGACGGCCAUAGCAUCUGACUGAAAUCAUUUUCACACCCAUCAGACCAUUCAGUGAGCCUACAUGUCCUGUGAAUGGGGCGGAGUCAUCUCGAAAGAGACCACUCCCAUUAAGAUAGAAAUAGAACAGCAUGGACGAGCCACUGGUUUCUCCAUUAAUUUGUCACCAAAAUGUAUGUAUAGCUACACACUAUAUUGGCAAAAGUUUGUGGACACCUGACCAUCACACUCAUAUGUUUGUUGAACAUCCCGUCCCAGAUUUAGUCCCCCUUUGCUGUUAUAGUAACCUCCACUCCCCUGGGAAGUUUUCUUUAGAUUUUGGAGCGUGGUUAUGGGGAUUUAUGAGCAUUAAAGAUGGUCAGGUACUGAUGUUGGGUGAGGAAACCUGGGGUGUUGUCUGUAUUCCAGUUCAUCCCGGAGGUAUUCAGUGAGGUGCAGAACACUCCAGUUCUUCCACUCCAACCUUGACAGACCAUGUCUUCAUGGAGCUCGUUUUGUGCACAAGGGCAUUGUCAUGCUGUAACAGGUUUGGGCCUGUUAAUUCCAGUGAAGGCAAAUUGGAAAUGCUACAGCAUACAAAGACAUCAUUUACAAUGGUGUGUUUCCACCUUUGUGGCAAGAAUUUGGAGAAAGCUCACAUAUAGGUGUGAUGGUCAAGUGUCCUCAAACUUUUGGUCAUAUAUUGUGUGCGCAUAUAUAUGCUAAUUUAAAAAUAACUUCACAGAGAAAUUAUUAGUAAACUCUACUUUUUACAGACACGAUCAUUGUAACAAAACAGAAUUAUGGCUUUUGCUGUAUUGCUUUUCCUGGUGUUAAUUUAGCAUUUCCUGUCCCUAUUUUGUUUAAACGGAUCUAAGCCUGCGUAUCGCAUUAGGAUCCGUCUAACAUCUGAUUUUACCAAGUUACUUGUAUAUGUGUUAUGAUGGUAUUGCAGGAAUGUGACUAUAAAUGUAUAUUUACUGAACAUAUUUUUAUAUGUAAAUAAAUUGCAAUGCAUCAUAUUUAUUACAUAUCUGUACAUAAUACAUACCGUUUACAAAAAGUGUUCAUGAUUUUACAUUUCAGUACUUGAAGUACUUGAGUUGAUUCAUUUCAGUUGGACUUCUACAGUGCAUGAAGACCUCUGAACUACCCAGCAUGCGGUAUGGCGAUCUGUGCCAGCUUAUUGCUGCCUAUCCAUGGUAGUCAGAACAGGAAGUCUGUGAGAGUUCCCGCAUCCACAGGGAUCAGAAGGUACUCUAUUCCAUCAGCUCCCUGCAAAAUAAAAUACAUAUGUUAAUUUACAGGAAAGAAACCCCCUUUUUAAUGUCUUGUAUUGAUUUAUUAUGAAAAAGUAACAUCUACUGUUUCACUGCUGACUUCAAUAUACAUUUAGCUCGCAUAACACUUCCUGCAAAUAGACACACAUGCACAUAUUCUCUGCUCUGGGUCAAUAAAUUCAUGACAAAUUCCAUGUUGGUGUAAUUAGGGCUUGGCAAUAUAAUCGAUAUAAUAUCAAUAUUGUGAUAAAUUAUUACACACUACACUAAGACAUUGUUGGUAUGGUGAUGUAUUUUUUGUUGUUUUUAAUAAUUAUUGAAUGGAUGUCGUUGAUUUGAUGUAAUUCUUUUUGUAGUUUCUUCUUUGUCUUUGUAGGCAUUAAAGAAAAGUAUUAUCGAAGUCAGUUUAAUGUUUUUUUUUGUUUGUUUAUUUUUAUUACUGUUUUGCGGACAGUUUGUUAGCUAAAUUAUAUAUCAUUAUACACAUCAUGUGUCGUAGAAAUGUCCUCAAGUAUCAUGAUAUGAUAUUUUUGUCAUAUCGCCCAGCCCUAGGUGUACUGGUUCACCUUCUUG